AUUCCAACCUCCCCUGUCUUCCCGACCCAGACACGAGGCGGAGAUAGAGAGGAGAGCAAGUCAAACAAAAGUCAAAGCUACAGAAAUGGACGCAGGCCGGGCCGGCGGUGGCGGCGGCCCCGCCCGGAGGCCACGACCCGCCGCUGCGGCGUCGGAUCCCCGGCGCGCGGCUGCGGCGCGGGAGGCCAUGUUGCGCAUGGAGGAGGUCAUGAUGGCCCACGCGGGCGCGGCGGGCGAGUUCAGCAUGAUCAUCGAAGCUCCGCUCCCCAACCUCCAGCGCUACCGCCGCAACGCGACGCCUCCUGCGGCCCCGUCGUCCGACUCUCCCUCGCGGAGGCGCGGCGGGCCUCAUGACGCCGGCGCGAGGGACGACGUCCCCACGCGAUUGCGGCGCGAGGGAAGCGUGACCGAGGACGUCGGCAACGCUCGGGGGGUACGCGGUGGGGAGGACAUGGGCUACGCGGACGACGCGCGCUCGCGUCGCGGCACCGGGGACGCUCGAGGGGCGCGACCUGCAAGCACUCGCGGCCGGGAGGAAGAGACGGAGGCGCCGGUGCGGAUGAGAGACCCGCGGAGGGAGAGCGGCCGUCUCAGCGCGCCUCCUGGGAGGGUCGUCGAGGCGCAGCCAGACGUCGCGUCGGCCGUGGAGGAGGAGACACCACUGCAGCAGCUGUCGCGCGGAGCGCGGAGUUCGAGCGCGGAUAGGCGCGUGGAAGCGGCACUGGAGGCGGAGGCGAUGGCCGCGAGACCAUCAAGCCGAGGAUCGAGGCGGGAGGGCAGUCGGGAUGACCUGGUGAAUGCUAUUGUUGCUGAGCCGGCGGUGGAGGUGGAGGCCGAUGUGGAGAGUGUCGGGUGGGGUAGCAGCCGAGGGAGUGAGGAUGGAGGCGAGGAGCCGGUGGCGUUGCCAAAGCCGCUGGAAUCAGUACUCACCGGAGGCCGUAGCAGGAGCAACUCACCGGCCAUAAGUCGGAACGGUGUGGACUCUGGUGUAGCAAAGCGCGCACAAUCAACAGGAAGGUCAAGCUUUGUACCACCUGUUGGGGCUAAUGUGAGGCCUCUACAAGCUGUGGAGGUGGCCAAUGGGACACCUAGAGAAAGAAGGACAAUCUAUCCAGAUCCUACUUUUGCGCAGUCCGGUCGAUCAAGAGAUUCACAUGACAGUUCAACAUUAACAGAAGAGGUUGAGAUGCUUAAAGACGAGAAUGUGAAUCUUUUGGAAAAGCUUGGACUAGCAGAAGAGAAAUUUAGACAAUCUGAAGCUCGGACAAGGGAGCUUGAGAAACAGGUUGCUAAUCUUGGUGAUGGAUUAUCUAUGGAAGUUAAACUUAUGAAAAGGAGGGAGGAGAUGCUAGUGAGGAAGGAGCAAGAAAUAAGGAAAGCGCUUAUAUCCAAAAAUGAUAAAAGCGAGGAAAUCACUACUCUUCAACAACAGCUCCAGUCUGCAAGUGAAAAGGCUGCAGUUGCUGAGCGGAAACUCAACGAGGCUGAAUCUGAAACAAAAGCCUUACGCACAAUGACACAGAGGAUGAUCUUAAGCAAAGAAGAAAUGGAAGAAGUUGUUAUGAAGAGAUGUUGGCUUGCCCGUUACUGGGGCUUGGCUGUCCAAUAUGGCAUCUAUCCAGACAUUUCUAUGUCAAAAUAUGAAUACUGGUCUUCGUUUGCUCCUCUUCCCCUCGAGUAUGUGACAUCUGCUGGACUGAGAGCUAAGGAUGGAGGGAGUAAUGAAUUGGAAGAAACAGACAUGCUUGUUCAUGAUUUGACUGUCACAGCGGGAGAAGGCAACAUAGAAACAAUGCUUGCUGUUGAUAAGGGACUUAAAGAACUUGCCUUCUUAAAGGUUGAAGAUGCUGUUCUUAUUGCUCUUGCCCAACAUCAUCGUCCUAAUGUUGCAGAGCUAUCAGAUCCAGAUAUUAAAUCAUCUGGUGAUGAAAAAUUCACCGAGGCAUUUGACCUAAGCAAGGAGGAAGAGGAAGAUGUGUUGUUCAAGCAGGCUUGGCUCAUGUAUUUCUGGAGAAGGGCUAAAAUCCAUAAUGUGGAAGAGGAUAUCGCAGAGGAGCGACUGCAGAUGUGGGUUGAUCGACAUGGGCAGCAACCAACUUCACAUGAUGCUGUAGAUGUUGAGCAAGGGAUACAUGAACUGAGGAAGCUGGGAAUCGAACAACUGCUGUGGGAAUUCUCCCGCCAGGAGGUGAAUGUUGCCGAAGGUGAAUUGUCAGAUGCCGAGGAUGAUCUGACUUAGGAGACUCAGUCCAACAGGCGAUGACCAUGAAUCGCUCCCAUUCAGCUCAGUGACACCUCUGUAGUAUACCGAAACCGCAGGACAUUGUAAAGAUAUUUCUGGUUUUGGUUUGGACUCCCGAUUUCCAGCUCCAGAACAGUUCAUUGAUUUUAUUUUAUUUUUGUACAUAACCUGCAUCCAACAGUGUUAUGAAAGCGGCUUGAAAGGAUAAAAUCAUUCAUUAUA